AUGAUGCUGUUCCUGACUCUGCUGAGUGUGGCCCUGGUGUCUGCUCAUCCUUCUACUGAGCGCUUUGAAGGCAAUAAGGUUUUCCGUGUCAGUGUUGAAAGUGAAGGUCACAUCGACUUAAUUCAUGAAUUGGCCGAAUCCCACCAGAUUGACUUCUGGAAACCUGACUCUGUCACACAAAUCGGACCCCACAGUACCAUCGACUUCCAUGUGAAAGCAGAAGACACUGUUGCUGUGGAGGACUUCCUACAGCAGAAUGAAUUUCAAUAUGAGGAGCUGAUCAGCAACCUGAGACGCGCGAUGGACGCUCAGUUUGACAGCCAGGGUCGUGCAAGUGGACACAGCUAUACGCAGUACAACAACUGGGAAACAAUAGAGGCUUGGAUUAAACAAAUCACAGCUGAGAACCCAGACCUGAUCUCUCACAGUACCAUUGGAACCACAUUUGAAGGACGCUCGCUGCACCUCCUCAAGGUUGGCAAAGCUAAGUCAAAUAAGCCUGCCGUCUUCAUAGACUGUGGUUUCCACGCAAGAGAGUGGAUUUCUCCUGCAUUCUGCCAGUGGUUUGUGAGAGAGGCCGUUAGCACCUAUGGACAAGACAGUCAGAUGACAGCCCUUCUUGAUGGGUUAGACUUCUAUGUCCUGCCUGUUUUCAAUAUUGAUGGCUAUGUCUACACCUGGACCACGGACCGAAUGUGGAGAAAGACCCGUUCCACUCGUUCUGGAACUUCCUGUGCCGGCGUGGACCCCAACAGAAAUUUUAAAGCUGGUUGGUGUGAAAUCGGAGCCUCCACUAGUCCCUGUUCUGAUACUUACUGUGGACCCUCUGCAGAGUCUGAAAAGGAGACCAAGGCCCUGGUUAAUUUCAUCAAAAACAACCUCUCUUCCAUCAAGAUGUACCUGACAGUGCACUCCUACUCACAGAUGAUAAUCUACCCUUAUUCCUACGCCUACAAGCUGCCUGAGAACAACAAGGAGUUGAAUACCCUGGCCGAAACUGCUGCAAGCAAGCUCACCUCACUGUACGGCACCAAGUACACCUAUGGCCCAGGAGCAACGACAAUCUAUCCUGCUGCUGGUGGCUCUGACGACUGGGCUUAUGAUACAGGAAUCAAAUAUUCCUUUACCUUUGAACUCCGGGAUACAGGCAGAUAUGGCUUUACCCUCCCCGCAUCCCAGAUCCGCCCAACCUGCGAGGAGACACUGCUUGCAGUCAAGUACAUCGCCAGCUAUGUCCUGGAAAACUUGUAUUAG